CGGAGGAAGAUUGGUAGCCGGUUAGAUGUGGAGGUUGUUUUAGCGGCGAAGGAACCGUUGUCGUGUCGUCGGCUUUUGUCGGGUGCUGAUUCAAAGUUACCCAGUUUUCGGUGCUUCUGAGUCCGUUGCAUUAAGAACGCUGUUGGGAGUAUUUGCCUUCCGAGUAUGUUGCCGCUUUCUAACAUUUUAUCAGGGCUGUUGGAGCGCGUAGUCUACCCGCUGCGGUUUUGUGUUUUUCUCGACGUUGUUUACCGGUUAUAAUUCGACGUUUAAUGAUUUAAAUUCACCGCUUCGCCGCCUCUGAAUUCAGCGAGAGACUUUUAGACAUGCAUACGAGGCGUUUGGUGAAGCGGUCGAUCCUCGGCAGCCGCGUUUAUGCGCCGAGUCCGACGGGGGACGGUGCCCCGGUGACAGGAGUGGUCCAGGCUGUCAAGCAGGAAAACAGAGACGUUUCGGCCGUUGGAGCCCGGCGCAGCGUCUACACAGUGCUCAUGCAAGACGGGAGCCUCAAGGAGUUUUCCGAGGAGGAGAUAGCCGCCGGCUCCAACCACACUGCAGCUAAAGGACCGCUCAAGUCCAGCUUGAAGCAGAGCUCCAGUAACGGAGCUUCAGAGAGCCAUAAGGUGGAAGGCGGCUCCCUCAGCCCAGAGGCAGUGGAGGAGCAGCGGGUGGCGGACGGCAAGCGCGUUGGCCGGGACCCCGAUACCAGAUCAGUGUCCCUGCUUGAGCAGAAACGCAAAGUGGUCUCCUCCAGCAUUGAUGUCCCUCACGCCAGACGCUCAGAGGAGGAAGUGGACAUGGACAAGGUGACGGCUGCCAUGGUGCUGACAAGUCUCUCCACCAGUCCGCUGGUCAGGAGUCCACCUGUCAAAGUCAACGAAGGCCUGAGUGGGUCAUGGAAGGACAACGGCUCAGCUGGCCCCUUCACCCCAUCCAGCAACAGCUCUUCAGGGGGUUACUGGAGCUGGUCUGCCCCCAGUGACCAGUCCAACCCCUCUACACCUUCUCCACCACUCUCCGCUGACAGCUUCAAGCCCUUCCGUGUGCCCAGUCUGGGCGGCGUGGGACCCGGCCCCGCAGGGCCUGAAGACCCCAGCCUGGAAGAGCAGGACGGCAGCAGUCUACUCUUCGAUGAGCCCAUCCCUCGCAAGCGCAAGAACUCCAUGAAGGUGAUGUUCAAGUGCCUGUGGAAGAACUGUGGCAAGGUGCUGAGUACCGCUGCUGGCAUCCAGAGACACAUCCGCACCAUCCACCUGGGGCGUAACUGCGACUCAGACUGCAGUGACGGGGAGGAGGACUUCUACUACACGGAGAUCAAGCUCAACACGGACUCUGUGGCCGACGGGCUGAGCAGCCUGUCCCCCGUGUCCCCGUCCGUCCUCUCUCCCCCUCCUCCUCCCCCCUCUCCUCUCCCGUCUCUCAGCCAGCUGGCAGACUCUCACAGACCUCCACAGUCCUCUGACACCAAGGAGCCUCACGCUGGCGGCACCACCCCGCUCAGCCGCUCUGCGCCCAGCGCACUCUACCUCAUCCACACGGACCACGCCUACCAGGCCACGGCUCCAGUGUCCAUCCCGUCCAGCAGCAGUAACUCGACCGGCUCGGCUUCCACCAGCUUCACCCCCACCAACAGCUCCAGCUUUAGCAUCUCCUGGCAGUCGCCGCCCGUCACUUUCACUGGGACCACAGUGUCCCCCAGUAAAAGCCAGGGCUUCGGCGAACAGCGCUCCCAGACCAUCGCCGUCCUCUCAUCCCCUCCCAGAGCCACCACCGCCCUCAGUCGGAAGGUGCGCGGUGAAGGGAAGAAAUGCCGCAAAGUGUAUGGGAUGGAGAACCGCGACAUGUGGUGCACCGCCUGCCGCUGGAAAAAGGCCUGCCAGAGAUUCACCGACUGAGCGUCCCCCCCACCACCACCUUCACAGUGCGCCACGCCAACGGGCACUGCUGCCUUUCGCCAGAGAAAGGGGAGAGGGGCAACAUUUUGCAUGCAUUUGGUUUUCUUCAGCUCAAAAUCGCAACUGUCCGUCAAGCUCUGGCUCCGCCCCUGUUGUCGCGCCCCCUCGGCUCCACUGAACCAUUCCAGCUGUGGAAGCAACCAAAGGACAGCGGAGUCACCUUUUACUUUGCCGUCCAGGAUUCCCUGUACUGCCUCACCAUUCCCAACAUUCCCACUUUUGGGAAACCCCAGUGCAGCUAAACAGUGUAAAGAAAAAAUAGGUCUAAAUAUUUCUCCUGUUUUUUAUGUUGGGUUCAGUGUUGCAUCUUUCUAUGUUUUGUAAAGCUCUGGUUUUUAAAUAGAAAGUCUAGUCAAAGAAGGGGUCCGGAUAAAAAGGCCAAAACCUUUUUUCGUGUGUUUUGUCAAAAGAAAAAAAAAAUUCUUCACUUUUUUAUCCAAAAGAAGAAUGGGCCUCUUUGCUGCAGUUUUUGAAGAACGUUAAGAAAAAAAAGCAUGGAGGUAAAGCUCGCAGUUUUUGUUCUUCCUUCGGCUUGUUCAUCUCCUGUUUUAUUUCUGGACUUUUCGAGGUGAUCUUUUAUCACCGACAUCACAGCCUCUCCCGGCUCCUCACCUGUUCUUCACUCCUGACAGCCCCGAGGGAAUGUAAGGCAGAGCCGGGAAGGACGGGUAGAGAGAGUGUGAAGAAUAGAGACACACGAGGUGAAUGAUCAAUGCAAAAAAGAUACAAUUUACAGUCAGGGAAAGCAGAUGGACCAUGCCGGUGAUUUAACACAUCAAAAAAGCAGCAUUCACACAUACACACACAAACAGGUAUUCCCACACAAUCAAAGCAGAAGACAGGACCUGUUUUCUAUGUCACUUUUUUAUCCAGUUGAGUCAUUUUCUUUGUUUUAUCAGGGAUGUGAUUCUAAAGAAAGCAACAACCAGCAGCUAAAACAUGGGGUUACUAUAUACUGUAAACAGCACAGUCUCAACAGCUUCUCUCUUUUAUUUCACGUGACAACUUUGCAACCAAAAACUCCUUUAUCGUAUUCUUUAUGUUUUUGGUUUUAGUUAAGGUGCCAUGUUUACUGUUGCUGAAUUUUUUAUGUUUCUCUCUUUUUUUGGUUGAAACCAAGACUGUUUACCUGUUAAAGAAAGUGUGUUGAAAGACCUUCCUGGCAGCACUGGAAGCAUGAAGUCAGCAGCGUGCGAGGCCAUAAAAAGAUAAAAAUCUCUGACCGCAUGCAGAGAGACAGAUUGCCCUCCUCCUCAAACAACUUUCACACCUUCCCAAAGGGAGCAAAAAUAUCUUUGUGUUUACGUACGCCACAUGGGCGCUUCUUGACGAUCUGUUAAGCAAAGGGGGAGGGCGGAAAAGUGAGGCACUUCCACUGUAUGUUAGAAUGGAGCACUUAUGUAUUUUCUUGUACUGAGUUGAAAUUGUUUCUAUCUUCCACUGGCCCUCUUCAUUUCAACUUAAAGCUCCAGUGUGGAGGAUUUAGUGGCAGAAAUGGUAUACAGUAUUUAGAGCUAUGUUGUCAUUAGUUUAUGAUCGCCUGAAAAUAAUAAUCGUUGCAGUUUUUGUUACCUUCAAAUGAGCCAUUUUUAUCUACAUACAGAGUGAGUUCUCUUCUAGGGAGCCAAUAUGUUCUACAGCAGGCUGGAACGGACAAACCAAAAUCUGGCUCUAGAUAUGGCCAUUCGUGUUUCCCUGUCUGCCAUCGUAGUUCUACUACAUGCUUGGCACAUGGAAGAAGUUUCAGUUCUGGACCUCACCACUAGAUAGCACUAAAUCCUACACUGUGGACCUUUAACUUUAAAAAAAGGAAGUAAGAGGAAAGAAGUUAACAUUUGGCCAUGCAGACACAGCUAAUCUCCUUUUGAACCUAAACUUUCUGCAGAAAAAGGUCCAAACACUCGAUGAGGUCACUCCUUUGUUGUUUAAUGUGCACUGCACACUUUAUACACUUGGCAACAUGCAAGCAAAGCUUUGACUCGAGUCCUCGUGUUCGCCACGUAACCUUGUUACUGAUGAGGGGAAAAAUAUCUGAUUUGUCGUUUGAAUGUGUUCAUUUGAAUUCCAGCCUCUUCGUUGGCUCAAAGGCAGGAAGCAAAAUCACAAAGGCCAAAUGGUUUACAGAUGUUAACUCUGUGGUGAUAAAUGGACCAACUCUUUUGUCACCCGGGGCUGCAUUCCACUUAUUACAAUGUCCUGAUAUUGACAGAAAUGUCCUACAAAUGUUUCCUCCAUCAGGGACAUUUUGGUUCUGUUUCUCUCUGCAUUAUAUGAAAUUGGCUUGAAUGCACACUGAAAUCUUUGUUGGCAUUUCACACAGGAUUAUUAUUAUUUAGAAUUACUCCAAACCAACACCAGCUGAUAAACUCACACGCUCGGCCAUGUAAUACACAGUACAGUACUUCCGCACCUGAAAAUCGUUGCUCUGUCGCGUUUGUUCAGCUGUUUUUUGUCUUUAUAUUUUUGGUGUCUGUUCAUGUAUAUAUGUAAUUCUUGUAUUUUCUCUAAGCUCCAUGUUUUAUGACCAGUUACCUCGGUCAUUACAUUCGCCACCUUAUGAACAAGACAGGUUCAAGUACGACAUUGGGUGAGGAAAUAAUGUACCGUUCAACUUGUCGGGCUACUGUUGUUUUGAAUAUAGGGAUAGCCUUAAAGUCACUCUUUAAAAAAAAUCAUUGUGCUUCUAUGUCAUUACAUUGAUGUUUCUGUAAGAAAUAUUUAGAUUAUCUCCAAACUGAUUUGCCAUUGUAUUAUGUGAACGUAUUAUUGUUUAAGAAAAGACAAAUCUAUAUAUACGUAAAGAAAAAACAGUUUAAAUUCAAAGCGGAAAAAAAAGAUGUUAAUUCGG